AUGACUAAGGUGGAUAACGAAAAGCCAUCGAGAGAAACACUGCAAGUCCUAGCUUACGAAAGAAUAUCGGACUUCUUCCAAAAGCACGCAGAUGAUGUAUGCGAAGUUGAAAUCCUGCCUCCUGCCAUCCAGCCUCGAGAUGGAGUUUCGUUACAGGAUGGCUUGAACUUGGGUAUUCCAAAGAAAGCCUUAGCAUUGGCUUACCUAGAAGCUAGACGACGCUUCUUCGACAGCAAGGGUUACAAUGACUACACUUCGAUGGCGUUGCAGGCAACCAAGAUCAUGCUCCUCUUUGACCCAGAGCACCUUACAGCCGCGAAUUACCGUAAGCACUGGCUGAACAGGCUGAAAGCUGAGACUGGCUCCCAGUUUGGAUCGGCCUUUCACACGGCCCUACGUCAAGAACAGAAGUUUUUAAACACCAUCCUCACAUCGCCCCUACACCGACAGACCAAAUCACCGACCCUAUGGUACCACCGACUAUGGGUUAUGAAUCCGCUUUCUACAAUUGAGCUGGGAAAUGCGGACGACAGUCAGUGUGUCGAUUUUUGGCGUGCCGAGCUGGCUACUGUUUGCAAAUCGGGAGAGCGCCAUCCCAAGAACUAUUAUGCUUGGCAGUAUGCCCGGAGACUCAAGCCAAGGAUGGUGUCCGCAAGGGAAGAGGACUUUAUUGAUGUCUUGAAAGAGUGGUGCUGCAGAAAUCCAAGCGAUAUCUCUGGGUGGACGUUUCUCCUCGUCCUUCUCUCCGGGUCAGAGAAUGCCAAGAAAGUCUACGACACGUUGAGAGAUGUCAUGAUAUACACAAUCAAACUUCAAGCAGAGCAAGAGUCGCUUUGGUUCUUCAUUCGAACGGUGGCAGUGCAAUAUAUUACUCAGGAAGAGUAUAUGGAGCUGUGUGUAUUGAUACAAGGGCAAGGCACCGGAGCGGGUUCCAAUGAGGCCGCUUUCAUGGCGCCAGAUCAGAACUUUGGCAUAUCACGGUGGUCAAGACUGAUGACUCAAUUUUUGCAUCUGAGGGGCGAUUUAGUAUAUCCCUCAUGA